AUGAGCUCUACAAGCAAAACCAAGGCGGCAUCGCCCUCGUGCCCGGUGGCUGCCCAAGAUCAACAGCCAGGAUAUGAAUCGGACCCUCUUGAGGAUCUUGUUGGGCCCCUACCUCCCCAGGCAAAUCACUCUACUGAUGCUGCGCCGGUUCGUUCUCGAGGACGGGGUGCCUACAGGCCUAAUAUGAGCAACAUUGACGCGCAUUUCGCCCCAGACUACGAUCCUACUUUGGAUGUGCAGCUAGAAGAUGACGAUGAGAUUGCGGGUAGCAAGCCCAGCCGCCGCCCGGUAGCCGGCCUCAUGACCGGAGACGAUGAUUGGGAACUCGCCCUCGAAGCAGUCCGUGACCGAGCCCGUUGGAAGCAAAGAGGCGAGGAGAGACUGCGAGAAGCUGGUUUCGACGAUGCUUUUGUGAAGCAGUGGAAAAGCAACACUACAUCUACCGCCGGGGAUUCUGAGGGAAGGUUAGAGGAGGUGAAGUGGUCCAAGAAAGGCGAAGGUCGAGAAUGGGAUCGCGGAAAGUAUGUCAACGAGGAUGGGCAUAUUGAUGUUAAGGCUUCUUGGUAG